UUUUUUUUCAUUAGUAAUUAGUAAUUAAGUGUUAUCUUUCUUUUGUUUAAAAUGAACAUUUUUAUUUUUUAUUUUUUCUCUCUGUAUCUCUUGAUUUAAUGAAUGUUUGAGUAGGAAAAUGGGUAAAGCUCCAUCGCUCCUCCUCUCGAUUUCGCUAUGCUGUUUUUGGAUAGCAAUAUCAAAUGCUGAGUAUGCAAUAUACCAAAACCCAAAACAACCCAUAUCCAAGAGGAUUAAAGAUCUCUUAGUAAGGAUGACCUUGGAGGAAAAAAUCGGGCAAAUGGCACAAAUCGAUCUAUCCGUAGCAACACCCGAGGUCGUCAAAAAGUAUAAAAUAGGCAGUGUAUUGAGUGGUGGAAUUAGUACGCCUUCCUCAACAGCAUCGCCCGAGACAUGGAUUGAUAUUGUUAACGGUUUUCAGAAGGCUUCUUUAUCGACCCGUCUGAAAAUACCGACUUUGUAUGGAAUUGAUGCAGUCCAUGGACACAGUGAUGUUUAUAGAGCUACCAUUUUUCCUCAUAAUGUAGGCCUUGGAGCUACUAGGCAAUUGUGGGGAUAUAUUGGAAUCAAAACUCAUCAAAACUCAAGAGUAGGACAUGAGUUUGCAUUAUUGAGAGGGUGCUUGCAAAAAGUUAAAAGUUGGUGGGGAAAAGAGGUGUCCAGAGAUCCCCAGUUGGUGAAGAGAAUUGGUGCUGCAACUGCUCUUGAAGUCAGAGCUACAGGAAUCCAUUUUGCCUUUGCACCAUGUGUUGCUGUUUGUCGUGAUCCAAGAUGGGGUCGAUGUUUGGAAAGCUUUAGCGAAGACACAAAAUUAGUCCAAGAAAUGACUGAGAUUAUAGCUGGGCUGCAAGGAGAUAUACCCCAUAAUUUUCCAAAGGGUGUCCCAUUUAUCGGUGGACAGGAGAAAGUGUUGGCAUCCGCCAAACACUUUGUGGCGGAUGGUGGGACCAUGAAAGGCAUAAACGAGAAUAACACAUUGACGAAAAGGCACGACUUGUUGAGAAUCCAUAUGCCUCCUUACUACACCUCAAUCAUAAAGGGCGUUGGGACUAUCAUGAUAUCCUACUCGAGCUGGAAUGGCGUAAAGAUGCAUGCUAAUCGUGACCUCAUAACCGGCUUUCUCAAAAACACCUUGAAGUUCAGGGGAUUUGUCAUAUCAGAUUGGCUGGGCAUAGACAAAAUCACGACCCCGCCUCAUGCCAACUACACGUAUUCGCUCUUAGCUGGCGUCGGUGCUGGAAUUGACAUGAUUAUGAUUCCAUACAACUACACAGAAUUUAUCGAUGGUCUAACUUCGUUAGUGAAGAACAACUUUAUCCCCAUUACACGAAUAGAUGAUGCCGUGAGAAGAAUCCUAAGAGUCAAGUUCAUUAUGGGGUUAUUCGAACAUCCACUGGCCGAUUACAGCAAGGAACACAGAGAGCUGGCUAGGGAAGCAGUACGAAAAUCGCUCGUGCUACUAAAGAACGGGGAAUCUGCAGAUAAGCCAUUAUUGCCGCUUUCUAAGAAGGCAUCGAAGAUUCUUGUGGCUGGGACCCACGCGAACAAUAUCGGCAACCAAUGUGGAGGAUGGACGAUCGAAUGGCAGGGAAAGCCUGGCAAUAUUACAAACGCUGUCGAUCACAACACAAAAGUUGUUUAUAGAGAAAAUCCGGACACCACAUACGUAAAAUCAAACAAUUUCUCGUACGCCAUUGUUGUGGUGGGAGAGAAGCCGUAUGCCGAAACAAGAGGAGACAGCCUAAACCUAACUAUUCCCGAGCCAGGGCCCACAAUUAUCACAAAUGUGUGCGCCUCCUCGGUUAAGUGCAUUGUGGUUUUGGUUACAGGCCGUCCGGUUGUGAUUCAGCCGUAUCUAUGGCAAAUUGAUGCCCUUGUGGCGGCUUGGCUACCGGGAACCGAAGGCCAUGGCGUGGCUGAUGUUUUGUUCGGGGACUAUGGUUUUGGCGGGAAACUUCCACGUACGUGGUUCAAGACUGUUGACCAACUCCCGAUGAACGUUGGCGAUCGACAUUAUGACCCGUUGUUCCCGUUCGGAAUUGUCGGAUCAAAGCAAUAUUCAGUUUGA